AUGAAUCCUCCAGAGCAACCUAGUAAUGAACCCCAUACUCCUAGACGACUCAACAUACAAGAUGGGCCACAAUUAUCUGUGGAAUUGUCGUCACCGACUUCACCUGGGCUUCGCCGGUCCAGUUUCACCAACCACUUAAAGCCGACACCUCGUUCUCGUGCCCCGCAGGACGUGAGGGAUCGUAGUAGGAUUGGGUAUCAAAAUAUGAUCAUGCAGUCGUUUCAAGAGCUACAAGCACGCCUCAUGCCCCUGCCCAUCUUCGAGUCUUUGAAAAUCCAGGUGGAUGAAACGAACGAGAACGUUUUUGGGGCUAUAGUAGAAUCGGUCAAGGGGGUCGUCAAACUGAAGGAAGGUCUGGACAGCUCUCAGAAAGCUCGAGCUUUUGACGAGGAGCAGGACGAUGCUACUGACGGCGGCGAACAUGGUUUCGAUACGAAGCAGACGCACCAUUUAUUGUCGAAUCUAUGGACAAUAAUCAAACAGUCAGACGAUUCAGGUGCCUAUGUGUUUGACGUAGGCCCCCAAUCUCAAGACCGGUCGUCAAUAGACCAGAAGUUUGCCUCGUCAUUUCGACGCUCUCGCCAUAGUCUGUCACCCUCUGGCCGCCGCUCGCGCUCCCCCUCCCCGGCAUUUGUCUCCAAUUCUGCCCAAGGGUCGGAGCUCCUGACUGAAUGUAUAUCCAUGCUGUCUUCAAUUGUACUAGAGGACUGCCGCUUCAAAUACCGUCCCAUUAGCCUUACCCAUCCACCAAACGCCUUGCAAGCUUUAGUUCUUCUCAUAACCAGGUUUUUGGUCUUCAAGCAUCGACACGAUCCUAAAACCGUGUACCUACUGUUAGUCGCGCUAACGCCAGCUUUCAGUACUUUCGGAAAGGAAAUGCACCUCAGACUACUAUCGUUCUUCGAGGAAGUAGUAGUUAUUAUUUUGGAAAUCAUGGAUCAAUCGGUAGAUGCGAAAGAACAGGAGAAGGCAGAUGCCAAUAUUGUCGUUACAGACAACCAGCAUCCAUCCGUUUCCAUUCAAGUGGAAUCGUUCGACGGAGACGAUGCCAGGCCUGCGAUGAGAUGGACACCGUGGGGAAGUCAGUCAUCCCGACCGUACACUGUCCUGUCUACAAAUGCACCGUCACAUCAGCCCUCGGUUUAUUACUCCUCGUCAGCCUUGGUCAAUCUUUUCACAACAAUCAUUAGCACAAUUGGUACUAGCCAAGACUCUGAGACUCGACCGGAGGUUUUGCAUCGACUUCAUCACAUCGUCGACCUGGUUUGCCGGAUGAAACAUGACCUCUACACGGACCUACUUGAGGUGGUUGCCAGCCAGCCCAGUAAGGCCAGAUAUGCUGCCCUGCCCGUUUCCCGUCACAAGUUACCCUCCCGCGUCCCCUCGCGUCAGCCCGUAUGA